UUGACAUAAAAAAUAUGCAAAUAUCAGCAUACGAUACAAACCUUCAUACGCUUUCUUUGUACGAUUAAAAAGAAUCUCUGCCUCUUUCUUAAGUACCGGAUCUGUAUGCUUGUCAGGAUGGUAAAGCUUACUUUGUCUACGAUACGCAUUGCUAAUGUCUUCAGGACUAGCCUGUAAUGUCAAAAUAAACAAAUAUAUAAUGAUGCAUAUUCAUCAUUGCAUGAUGCAAUGAUAAAGCAAUUGGUAAAGAUAAAUUUUAUGAAAGAAAAGAUUGAGAAAAGAAUACAUUUUAAGCAAUAUUCAUUUAUAUAUAAUGCAAAAACUAAAUAGAUUUGGUGUUAUAGGAGAACAUUGUUACAAAAAAAGAAUAGUAUUUUGAGAAGAAAAGUCGAGAGAGUGUAAAGUUCAAUUGACGUUAUUGAUUUAUAUUGCCAAUUUUCACGAUUUUUAAUAUCUACGAAAAAUCGCGUUCUAAUCACGAAAAAAAAUAGAAUUUUCUGCAAUGGGGAAACUAUUACGUCAGCAUUGAAAAGAAGCACGAAAAUGUCACGUGGAGGGCCAGAAACCGAUCUCGACCUCCUAUGAAGCGGAAUAAAGUUACAAAGACAACUACAGCAGAGGGUCUCUCACAUUUCUCGGGAUGUUCAAGAAGGUGUAAUAAUCAUCCUCGAUUGUAUUUUCCUGAUCACUCUCGUCGUCCAUUUUAAAACUUGCCAAUUUUGUCCACGUUCGACGAGUCUCGACAGAGAUCGCGCGAUCGCCCGUAUUUUCCUAGCUUUUUAUAGGUUACGUUACAAAUUUGAGAUGUAGAAUAUGUAUAUAUAACAGCAGGCCGGUUGUCCGAUAAAUGACUUCCUUAGUUUCUCGUUAGAUGGCACCUGCUGCUGCAGAAUCGCUCGAUGACAAUAUUUAAUUCAGAAAGCUGCCGCAGGGUGGCGCCACACAGAUCGCGAGAGGCUUGCUGUAUGGUCACAUGACCAAGGCUUGCCUUUUGCCCAAUAAAAAAAAAAACAGUCUAAACAUUCAACUAGACAUGGUUUUGUUUCAAUAGUAACGGUUCGCGAGCGGAGAGUAUAUUUUUAAUUAGCUCGUCGAUUUUCAUAUAAUUAUACAGCACUGUUAUAAACAAUGAUAAUGCUACUUCAUGCGAUGAUGCGAGUCGAGGACUUCCUCCAUCCAUAUUUGUUGGUAAAAAUUUCAAACUUACGAAUUCAGCAAGCGAAAAGAUCGAUUCGACGAACGUGCUUCUGUUCGAGCGUGGUCCUCUCCGCGAUUGACUUAUACGUGAAGGGAGUCUUGUAUUAUUUGUUUGGCCAAUCUAUUGCGUUCGGGAAGAAGAAGAAGAGGAGGAGAGAGAGAAGAGAAAGAGAGAUUUUUAUGGCGCGGUUGGAGGGCAGCGAAGGGCUUCGCGCGCGUGCAAGCAACAUCACAGUCGCGGGUAAACGUAAUAUUAUGCGACGGCGGGUCGCCUUUUACGUAAACAUUUACGCCUCGUAGCAACGCUAAAAUAUGAAGCCGUCGGAGACGGGAUUUCGAGUGCCGGGACCCUCCGUCUAGACCCGAAUAAUUUACGAGAUCGGCUCUUCCCUACCCAAAGUUUCACUUAGACACGUAUUCAAGGGAAGUCAGGAAGAUAUAAAAAUAGACACUGGAAAAAAGGAGUUAACCAUCGACGGACCAGCUUGUCGACGAUAACGAAUGAUAUGGAGACCGCAGCAGAGGGAAACGAGGAGGAGACGAUAGGCACAAUUGAACACGAUCAGCCGGUCGAUGUUACCAAACACGGUCAUUGUGCCAGGUUAACAAUACUCCGCUAUAUCAGCAACAUUGGCGUUCAUAUUCAAGAUAUCUUGAAACUUUCGUGUCCAUCGAUUUUGCCACAAACAAUUCUUCUCGAAGAUGUAAGAUCGCAAUAUUAUUCUUCCAAUAUACUUUUUCCAUUACAUCGUAAACUCUCCUUAAUGACUUAAAAUAUUAAUGAAUUAUGCUGCCGAUGUGAAACGAGUGUUUUUGUCUACUUUAAAAAGAGUAUAAAAUACAUACAAGCGAUCGCCCAACUUCGAAAUGCCAGUGAAAUAAAAUUUCGAACAUUAAAAGAUUUUGACGAUAUCUUGGAAGGAUUAUUGAAUCUGACUCGUGUCGAAGCUGUCAGCGAUUGUGUCAAUUGUGGAGAGUCUACCUGGUGAUUGGGUAGAGUUGCAGCAGCAGCAGCAUCGUGUAAAUGCAGCGGCGACGGCCAACACCUUUAUGAAUUACACGUCCGUGGACAGGUCCAGGAUGGUUUCCCACAUCAUUCCUGUGUCUGGGGAGCUGCAGCAAGGGAAUGGAAAUCUGGGCAGCACAGGACUCACUGGCAUGCAGGAUUCUCCACAUUCUUUGAAGAUCAAACAGGAACCGUUUCAGUUAUCGCCGCCGUCGCCUCUGCCACCUCUUCAUCAAGUGAGCAGUUUCGAGCUGCAGAGCUGCAUCGGCGGCACCUCAAAGGACCUGGACGCCAGCGCGAUGAUCGGCAUGCGUCUGACGUCACACAACGUCUCCCCACUGAGUCACCAUCACCACCACAACCAUCAUGCUCGUCAGACUCUGCACAGCCCCAACGCCGUAAUCUCUAUGCACCCGGCGACAACCGGCAGCUCCAGUUCGACGCAUCAUCACCUGGAUGACAAGGGCUCGUCGCCCAUAGGUACCCUUCACAGCACCACCAAUAGCAAUCCUUCCACGCCGUCAGCGUCAGCACCCUCCACGCCCACCGCGGCCACCGUGGCCACCGCGGACAGUGGCGCGACCGUCACCGCGUCCGGGGUGAGCAACCCUAACGGCGGCUCCUCCACCACCAACGUCGCCGCCAACAGCAAACCGCCCUUCAGCUACGUUGCUCUGAUCGCCAUGGCGAUUCAGCACAGCCCGCAAAAGAGGGCGACUCUCAGCGAGAUCUACGGUUACAUCACCGCCAAAUUUCCCUAUUUCGAAAAGAACAAGAAGGGAUGGCAGAACUCCAUCAGGCACAAUCUCUCGUUGAACGAGUGCUUCGUCAAGGUGCCCCGGGAGGGCGGCGGCGAGAGAAAGGGCAAUUUUUGGACUCUCGAUCCACAAUACGAGGAUAUGUUCGAGAACGGCAAUUACCGAAGGCGAAGACGAAUGAAGCGUCCCUAUAGAAAUGCACCGUAUCACCACAAACAACUAUUCGGCGAUCCAUUCUCGACAACUCAUGUACAUUUGGGAGCUAGGAACAUUUUUGGCCACUCACCCCCUUCAUACGCCCCUCCUCCUUACACGCGAUACGACACGAGUCCAUGGAGUCUUCAACAAUCGCAGCUCUCAUACAACCAUUGUCAAUCGCUACAAUCGCAAUUGCAGCCGAUGCAGCCAAUGCAAAUCCCGGCCAUGAAUGGCUACAGUCAACUGGGUACCUCGCUAAGUGAGUCAUUAUUCUCGCAUUUUGUGCCCUCUUUUGUCGAGCGGGGUAACGCCGAACGACCAGACAAAGUGUUUCAAGGCAAUUACCUGGAUGUUCCAGGUGGAACGGCCGGAUCGCCCGGUUCCAUGGGCAGCGGCUCCUUCGGCAACAGUUUCGCCGCGUGCAGCAGGAGGCACGACACCGCGAUGACCACGGACACGAUGGCCGGGAGAUGCUAUUGGCCCGAGAUGGUAAACGUGAAGGAGGAACCUGGAACUAACAACGUGUUGACCAGCGGAGCCGGAGGUGUCUCGUCCGGCAUAAUGAGCUCCGCCGUGCCAUCGAGUGUUUCCACGACGGGAUUCGCACCCAUGGAGUUCCAAACGCGUUCCAAAUGCUUUAUGUGAACUCUCGACGAACCGUUGAUGAAAUUGCAGUAAGGUGUGUUUCGAGCUGAAGAACAAAGGAUGACGAUUUUGCGCGAUUUGCUAUUUCGGGGAUUUACUCGCGAAUUCUCGUCGGACGGGGUGAGUGAUACACUUGAAUAUUAAAAUUUCGUUAACGCGAAUAAUAUCCGAUCAGAUUAAAUUUAACAAAUAUUAUCGAAUAAUAUCCGAUAAUUAUUUAAUAAUAUUAUUGAAUAGUUAUUUAAUAAUAUUAUUCACGAGGAAUCCAACCCGCGCGAGGAAAUAGGGAUAUACAUACGUUUGUAAAACUCGUGUAAAAUCGUUGUUGUGUUAAUUCGAUGUUAUAAACGAACUCGUCGUGUGUUGCCUCGCGUCUUUUACUGCGUAAGUGUGUUAAUACGUAUUGUGCGCGAAUAUAAUCGCGCUUAUCGUAUGAAAUGAUACGAUGCGGUAUCCUGUAACGACUGAAUCCUUUCGCAGAGAAUGAUACAACCAUCGCGAUUGUAUCUGUUAUCUGUUCUGAGAGUCGGAGAUGUGUCGCGUGACAACAAAAGGAUUGCGAAAAGAUCUCUCAUAACUUUGUCUCGUUUUUUGAUGGUAACACUUGAAAAUAUCUCUAUCUUUGUACAUCGUGUUUUACGAUUGCUUCGCAGUAUUUAAUAUCUAUGGAGAAACAUUGAACAAGUGGCUAAUGAAAGUUUCCGCAUAACGAGAAUCAUUGCGAGAUAUCAUUUCGAUCGCGACGGAAUGGAAAAACGUGAUAUGUACGAAUUUAUCUCGGAAGGAUUUUUUUCCGAAUUAAUGUGAAAUUAUUAAUGAUUAAAUUUUAAUUGUAUU